AUGGCUUCCACAAUAACUGUUGCUGUUAAGCAUCAGGGCAAGAAGUACAACGUAGACGUCGAUCCCGAGUCUAGUGGACUGGAUUUCAAGCUUCAGCUCUUCAGCCUUACCAACGUCGAGCCCGAACGACAAAAGAUCCUCAUCAAGGGUGGUCAGCUCAAAGAUGACGCAGACAUGAGCAAAUUGGGCCUCAAGGCCGGCCAGAACAUCAUGAUGCUGGGCACACCGGGAGAUGGUGGCGCGGAUCUUGUUCGUCCGUCCGAGGCCAUCAAGUUUGUUGAGGAUAUGACCGAGGCCGAGCAAGCUCAGCAAGUGGGAGCCACUCCUGCAGGUCUCGUCAAUCUCGGCAACACUUGCUACCUAAACUCGACUCUGCAGACGCUGCGUUCGAUCCCCGAGCUCCAGACGGCUCUCACCACUUAUAACGCUGUGCCUGGCACAAGUCGACAAGAUCUGGCUUCUCAGCUCUCUGGUCUCUACAAGAAGAUGGGAGCCACGCUUGAUUCUCUGCCGCCCAUGGACUUCUUGGCGGCUCUGAGAAUUGUCUUUCCUCAAUUUGCCGAAAAGUCGAGAACUGGCCCCGGCUAUGCUCAGCAGGAUGCUGAAGAGGCCUGGUCCCAGAUUGUUCAGCAGCUGAACCAGAAAUUGACAAUCAAAGGCUCUGGUGAUAGCUCUGGAGUCUCAUUCGUGGAAAAGUACAUGGCAGGACGAUUUACUUCAGUCCUCGAGUGCGACGAGGAGGAAGCCCGAAACGGAGGUGAAAAGGCUAUUACAUCCAGUGAAGCCUUUUAUAAGCUGGACUGCCACAUUGAUGCUCAGACGAACCAUCUGCGAGACGGAAUCCUGGCUGCGUUGAGCGAGCAGCUGGAAAAGAAGUCUGAGGUGCUUGGCCGCGAUGCAACGUAUACCAAGAAGUCCAAGAUAUCCCGAGCCCCCAAGUACCUCACCGUCCACUUCGUGCGCUUUUUCUGGAAGAAGGAAACGAAGAAGAAGGCCAAGAUUAUGCGCAAAGUCACCUUCCCCCAAGAGCUGGACAUUGUUGAGUUCUGCUCUGAUGACCUGAAAUCGGCUCUGAUUCCGGUCCGAGACAAGGUUCGUGAGGUCCGAAAGGAUGAGGAGGAUAUCGACCGCGCCCGCAAGCGUCGCAAGAAGACGCAUGACAAGGAUAUGAGUGACGUUGCCGGUGGCUCGGGCCUGCCUUCGGAGAGAGAGCUGGCACAGCAGAAGAAGAAGAAGGAUGAGAGCAAGCCGCAACAGGCGGAUGAUGGCGAUACCGUCAUGGGUGAGACAUACAAGACCGAUGCCCAGGUCGAGGCGGAGAGCGAGGCUGCGCUUCUGGCUGCCAAGAAGGAGCUCAACUCACUGAUUAACCCUUCUCUUCGUGACGACGACGGUGCCAACCAAUCUGGUCUAUACGAGCUGCGCGGUGUUGUUACCCACCAGGGUGCCAGCGCGGAUAGUGGCCACUACACGGCGUAUGUCAAGAAGACGGGAACUGUGGACCCCAAAACGGGCAAGAAGGAGAAGGAGGAUGGAAACUGGUGGUGGUUCAACGACGACAAGGUGACCGAGGUAACCGUCGACAAGGUCGAGGCCUUGGCCGGCGGUGGCGAGUCUCACUCGGCGCUGAUUUUGCUUUACAAGGCAAUUCCCCUGCCUAGCUCCGAGGGUGUUGAAGAGUAA